AUGACAAGUUAUCAAGAUGCUGUACAAUAUAUUGGGAGCAGUUGGGUUAAUUUGUUGCUCCCAUUUUUACAAGGUUUCAUGUUGGGUUUAGGUGAGUUGACUGCACAUGAAUUAGGAUUUAGAUUCAGCUGGUUCAAACAUUCUGUGACUACAAAAAUCUUUCCAGAAUCCAGAGUAAGAAAGGUAUCCACCGUACUAUAG